AUGCUUUCACAUGGAACCAUGAACCUUAUUUUAGUAGUCCUCUCUUCGACCUGGACGCUAUGCUUCAGUUCCUCUGUUUCCAGUAGCCACUUUUCAGUAAGCGCUGCAUCCCUGCAUACCCUCCAGCCCUUCUGUUUGAAUCCUGCACUAACCUAUUGCCGUCUCAGUUCGACAAACGGAUUCUUUUUGCAUCCGGCAGCGACUGCAGAAAUGGCGAGUGCACAUGGUGAAUUGGAGAAGAAGCUACAGGAUCCAAAUGCACCACCAAUGUUUCUUCCACUUGAUUUUUUGCAAGAUAUCACAUGUGACUUCUCCACAGAGUCGAAACUUGGCGAAGGCGGGUAUGGAAUAGUUUACAAGGGAGUUCUCCGGACUGGGAAAAUCAUCACUGUCAAGAAGCUGUUUGAAAUGCGAUUAAAAGAGGAGACGUUUCAGAAUGAGGUCCGUUAUCUUAUGGGGAUCAAACACCAAAACAUAGUGCAGCUUAAAGGUUACUGCGCUGAGUCAAGAUGGGAAGCAAUUGAGAGACCAAGUGGAAGUGGGAAGCAUGUUUUUGCUGAAAUUCCAAAAAGGUUGCUCUGCUUCGAGUACAUAUCCAACAAAAGCCUCAAGAAACAUAUUUCUGAUGAAUCUUUGGGCCUUGAGUGGAAUAUGAGAUACGACAUAAUCAAGGGGAUUUGCAGUGGCAUGCAUUUCCUUCAUGAUGAAUGCCAUAUCGUUCAUCUGGACCUAAAGCCAGAAAAUAUAUUGAUAGACUCUACCAUGACAGCAAAAAUCGCGGAUUUUGGUUUAUCAAGGAUCUUUGGAGAGCAAGAAUCUCAAAUUAUCACGGAUAAUCGUGCUGGAACAUGUGGAUAUAUGGCGCCAGAAUACUUAAUCCGAGGUGUAGUGUCAAACAAGGCAGAUAUCUUCAGUAUGGGUGUCAUAGUUAUAGAGAUAAUUACAGGUCAUAGGGACUAUCCAGAUUUCCAGCAAGAUAAUCCCCACAGUGCUGCAGCAUCACUCCAGCAAUUCACAGAAAAAGUGCUCCUUAGCUGGAGGAACAAACUCAUGUCCACACCAGACUAUAAAUCAACAGAAACAUCUGUCCGACAAGUAAGACAAUGUAUUGGUAUAGCGCUUGAAUGUGUGCACCCUAGCAUGGAGAAAAGACCUACUGCAAAGGAUAUACGCGAAAUGCUUAAUGGAUUAGACAAGAUGGUGGCAGACUACGAGCCGCUGUCGGACAUGCAGUGCAAGGACAUGCUGCAGGCCCUGAACACUACUGUGAGUAACGAUCUCACAUCCCAGAACCGGAGUAUAACUAACGACAUGUUAAACAAAGAGACAGAUAGUAAAGUGGUGGCCAAUGCGAAAUCGUUGGAGGGUUUGUUACACACACCUUUGCCAGAAUCAAACAAAAUAAAUGAGAUGGUGAAGUGGUGGGCAGCGAAGGCAUCCUGUAAGCCACAACCAACAAGGGACACAACCAUUGUGCAGGCAAUCCCUACUUUAACACAGAUCAUAUCUAGGGAGGUCCCUAAAGAGCGCAUGAUUUCACUAGACAUAAAUCAGACAGAGUCAUGGAUUGCAACAGGCCACGAAAAUGGAUAUAUUGAUAUAUGUGAUUAUAUCAUGCAGAAAUCAGUGUGUUUGGUUAAAAUCGAAGAUGUUGACGCCCCAGUUGAUAAUAUUAAAUUUAUUGAAAGAAAGCAAUGGUUUAUUGUCGGUUUAGGGGCUGGGAGUGGCAAAAUCUAUGUGUAUAGCUAUAAACCGGAGGUGCAGAAAAUCACGAGUUUUCGUGUUAAGAGAUACUUAAUCGGUAUCGACUCACUGGCCGUUCAUCCAACCCAACCGUAUGUGUUGUCAUCAUGUAGUGGGUACAUACAACUUUGGGACUGGGAUAGGAACUGGGAGUGCGUCAAAAAGUUUGAGAAACUAUCGUAUUUUAACAUGGAAUUGCAACUUGCAUUUAACCCGAAGGACCCCAAUGAAUUUGCUAGUACUUCAAAUGAUAUGACUGUAAAGCUUUGGAAUCUUGAUUCACUCAAGCCUAAAUAUAUUCUGGAUGGUCAUUCAGCCAAAGUGAACUGUGUUGAGUUCUUCACAACUGAUGAUAAUAAGCAGUAUUUGAUUACUGGAUCUAGUGACAAGUUUGCCAUGAUAUGGGACAUGCAGACAAAAACAUGUGUUCAAAUAUUUGGAGAGUUCAAGUCAUCCGUUAUUUCUGUUGUUUCCCAUCCCAGUCUUCCAGUUUUAAUUAUAGGCACAAGAGAUGGCACUAUUCAUUUGUGGGGCACACAUUUCAGGUACAAGAGACAACUUACCACCGAGGGAGGUGCUAAUGGUCUCACAUGUUUGACGUCGCUAGGAAGGGUUGUGAUGGGAAACGAGUCGGCGCUAUUCACGAUGGAGAUCCUUGACGAAGAGCCGGAUGCUAUUGUGGAAGCUGAAGAAGCAGUUGCUAGCUAG